UUUCUCUUCUCGCAUUGUACUCUUUACUUUUACCAAUAAAAUAAACUUUUUUUAAUAUAUAUGUAUAUAUAUCCGAUCGAUUCGUCAGCUUGAGCAUUGAAGAAAAACUAUAUAUGCGUGUAUAAUGGCCUCUAAAAUCUUGUUUUGCUUGCUCUUCAUCAUGAUAUUCUUGGGAAUUGAUGAGGCAUUAUCUCUUGAGGAUUCUAAUUAUUCCAUCGAAGCUAUGCACCAGGAAUGGAUGAGUCUUCACAGAAAGAAUUACUCACAUCUUGAAGAGCACCAGCUCCGUUUCAAAAUAUUCGAGGAAAAUGUGAACUACAUAAACGCAUUUAACGCCAAACCCAACCAGAGCUACAAGCUUGGGAUCAACAAAUUUGCAGACUUAACCAACCGCGAGUUCCGUGAGAUAUAUGCAAGUGGUCACAAGCCCAAAGGGUCGCAUGCCUCAGCCUCAAACGAGCAUAAGCGAUUUGCGACUCAAGAUUUGAUGAGUAGGCCGGACAACUGGGACUGGGUAGAACAUGGUGCCGUAACUCCAGUCAAGAACCAAGGACAGUGUGGUACGUAAAUAAACUACAUUAUUCAAUUGUAAUUAAGUAGUUUCUUCUAUCAAAUGCAUGAUUUAG